AUCUGACCACGGAUCACGUACGUCUGAUGAACAACAUAACGUCAUGGCGGUUUGUGAGGUAACUUAACCUCAAUGUACUAAAUAUGUUAAACAUGAACUUGCAAUUGUUACACACUAUCAAGACCAAGAAAUGUAAUGAAACAGUGAAAUGUAUUAGCACGUACUAUCACCUGUAUAAAGAAGUUCCAAAAGAUCUGAAAGGUCGAAGCAAAAGUUCACAAGAAUGGUUAACAAGGCAGCUUACCGAUCCAUACGUAGAAAAGGCCAGAAGAUUAAACUACAGGUGUCGCAGUGCAUUUAAACUGAUUGAGAUUGAUGACAGAUUCAAAGUGCUAUCUCCUGGAGAUUAUGUUGUUGAUUGUGGUGCAGCACCUGGAAGUUGGACUCAAGUUGCAGCACACAGAGUUAAUGCUACUGGGAAAGAUGCCAAGAAGCCUGCCGGACAAGUUAUAGCUGUCGAUCGUAACCCAAUAUACCCCAUAGAAGGUGCCAUAUUGAUGGGUGGUGUGGAUUUCACAGCAGCUUCUGCCCAAGCGAAAGUCCUGGAACUGCUGAAUGGCAAGAAAGUUAACAUUGUUUUGAGUGACAUGGCUCCAAAUGCAACUGGUGUUCGUGAUAUAGACCAUGAGAAUAUUGUGCAUUUGGCUUAUUCUGCAUUGCGCUUUGCUCUGCAGGUAUCGUAUGUGGGUGGAUCUGUCCUACUUAAGAUAUGGGAUGGGCGUGAAUCCAACAGAUUGGAACAGGACAUUGCAAAGUUCUACAAUCAUGUAAGGGUUGUAAAACCACCUGCCAGCCGUGGGGACUCUGCUGAAAAGUUCUUAUUGGCAAGAAUGUUCAAGGGCUUAAAAACGUAACAUUUACUUUGUAAUAUAAUGUUAUCAAUUUUGUAUUCAAUUAAAGAGCUACUUCUA